AACCCUAAGUAUAAACGCCAUGUCUCUUCCAUCGUUUCUCUCCCGUUGCCGCACUUGCUUUUCGCUUCUCCUACUCUGAGUCUUUGGAUUUAGAUUCGUCUAUUAUUCAAGCUAAUCUUCAAGAUGCAAAACGAAGAGGGUCAAUUCACAGAGCUCUACGUUCCUAGGAAAUGCUCUGCUACUAACCGGUUGAUCACAUCCAAGGAUCAUGCCUCUGUGCAGCUCAACAUUGGUCAUUUAGAUGCUGAUGGCGUGUACACUGGACAAUUCACCACCUUUGCUCUCUGCGGUUUCGUCCGUGCCCAGGGAGAUGCAGACAGUGGUGUUGACAGGCUGUGGCAGAAGAAGAAGGUCGAAGCCAAACAAAACUAAGAGCUUGAAGCUGUCUUUUCUUUCUUGUCAUUUUUGUUUUCUGAAAGAUUAUCUCUCAUACUGAAGUAAUGAUUUUGGCUUGAGUCUUGGAACUUACUGCUUUUUGUGCGCCAUUGUGUUCUUCUAAUUUUCCUCCAGUACGUACGAUAUAGAUCUCCUGUUUCUCGACCCUUGUGAUCAGAGAUCAUUCCAAAGCUUUUG